AUGCUUUCCUCCAUGCUGGCCGUCUCCCGCCCCGCUUUCUCUGAGAGCGCCCUCUCCGACUCAGGCUCGCUCUCGGGAUUCGAUCCCCCACCGCCCCGUUUCCCCCACACGCGCGCACAGUUGUCGGCCAUCGCACGCCAGUACAAGCUGCCAGACAGCUACGACUCCGACGCGGAGGGCGACGACAUUCCACGCGUCUCUGCACCACUCGUUGCUAGGGUCGUCGUCCUGCUCGACCAGGAGCACGAGGACGAAGUGAAAUCUCUGCUCAAGGAUACCUUUGGUCACAUAGACGACGAAGCACUCGAACAACAUGUCCUCGACCUCAUGCAUAAGCACCGCGACGACGUCGCCGGAGUUCCUUUCCUAUUUCUCACCCCAAGUCGGAGACCUAUUUCGCGACCCUCUUCCCGCGCUUCCUCUCACUCUGCCCGUCUUAUACAACGCCCGGAUACCCCAAACUCUGCCCCUACCUCUCCCCUCAUCCAUGUCUUCCGCAGACCCCAUACGCCUAUCACCUCUCCUCUCAGUACCAACAAUGCACCCGGAACCUCCUACAUGACCGCACAUUCCGAUUCGCCCUCGGCUUCCCCUAUUCAACAAUACAUCAGCAUGCCUCAGGCCUAUUCCCAAUUUGCCAGCAGUCUCCCGUCGUCACCCCUAUCGUCACCCCGUCUCAGUCUUAACGCAAAAGCUUCCGAGUUCAGACCUCACCCUCGUCCCCUCUCGGCCGCGUCCUCAAACCCCGCGUCCUUGUCCCAACUCAGGGGAGACACACCCUCUCCCGAUCUGUGGGCGCACCCGACGUUGAGGCCCACCUCCAAUCUCGCCAUCGCGGCUCCCUUGGUUCCCGACACAACACUUCUGUCUCGUUCCGGAACCCCAAGCUCACUCCGUGCUUCCAUUCGUCCGGGAGAGCAAGAUGACGAAGAAGACCCCUUCGACCCCUUCGCCCACAAGCAUCAGCCACAUAACUUCCAUCCUAUAGACGUCCACGGGUAUGGUUCCUGGGAUGAGCUUCCAGCGACCUAUCCCGUUGAUCCGUACGGCCCGUCUGCGCAAAUACCGUUAGAGCAAAUGUCGCCACCUUCCUUCGGGUCACAGCCAUCUCAGGACAGCAGCGCAAGCAUAGAUGCCGAUGCUAAUGAGAUGCUUACUGAUGGCAUGACGCCUUUCGACGUCCUGUCGUCUGUGUUCGGUGCGUCUCUGGCACCCUCCGAACUCGAGGAGGCGUUGGCCAACAAUGGCUACGACUUUGAACGCUCUAUGGCUUGGCUCGUGGACCGUACCGCUCCGCCACAACCGCACGGGGCUCGAGGAAAGAUGCAGAGCAUGGGUAACAGAGUCUCGCUUGUUUCUAGGGACGGAGCGUCCGGGUUCGUGCGAGGAGGAAGAGCCGGCUACGAUAAUGGAAGUGCCAACGGUAGGGGUGCCCCGCGAUACGUGAAUGGUCGACCUGCCCAAGGCGGAAACAGAGUCUGUCGUUAUUUCCUCGCUGGAGAGUGCCUGAGGGCAGACUGCCGGUUCAGCCACGAUCUUGAGCGUGCACUGUGCCGAUUCUGGUUGCGGGGAACAUGUGCGAAGCAGGAGAACUGCGAGUUCCUGCAUCAUCUACCAGAACAAGUCGACGUCAACAGUCUUGCCUCUGCCAUGUCCCGCACCGAGAUCUCGAACCACGAGCCACAGCCGAGCAACAGUCCACCACCAGAAGAGUUCCCAUCCCUGGGCUACGCAAAUUCAGGUGAUCAAAUGAACCGUGGUGGCUACUACGGUCGUUCGGACAGGACGAACUACGAUCCAGGACGAACGAGGUUCGCCGCAGCUGUCAAGAAGCCGGCGCCGACCAAUCCCACCCUUGCCUAUCAGCCACGGGACCAGGCGACGUUGGCUGCUCGUAGACAGGCGAUGGGCAGCGCUGCUGAACCUCUGCACCACCGCACGGCCAUCAUCGCACCCAAGCCCUCUCCGCGCCUCAAGCUCCGUCCACCGACCCUUUUGCCCACGCUUCCCACGGGUGAGACUAUCAACGACCUGUACAUGAAGUACCGUUCUCGUGCGCUGCAGCUCGGUGCUGCGAGGAAUGCUUGUCUUUCUCGUGCUGCGGACGCGUGGCGCAGAGGUGACGGUGCGGCUGCGAAGAGGUUCAGCAGGGAGGGUCACGACCUGAAUACGAAAAUGGCCGGGCAGAUGGCUGAAGCCGGGGCUACACUCGUCCGUGAGAGGGCGAGGUUGGCGGAACAGGCUGUCAAGGCCAGAGAUGCGAGCUGGUCGGACGACCCGAGCGAUAGGACGAGCAGGGGACAGAUUUGCGGUGGGGGUUUGGGCGUCGUACUGGGUGUGGCGAGGGCGGACUCGGUUGGUGAUAGAACGUUGAGUCCGGAGGAGAAGAUGGAAUGUGUAUUGGAUCUGCACGGGUUGCAUUCCAAUGAAGCGACAGAAGUGUUGGAGAACUUUUUACUCGAGCUCGAAAGGGAACAUUUCUAUGGAUUAGCUUAUUUGGUCGUCGGUGAAGAGAAACAUACGGGAACUCAGGAUGUCGCCCGUGGAGCGUCACGCGAGCGUCUCGCCGCUGGCGUGCGCGAAUGGUUGCACAGGUGGGGAUAUCCAUGGAGCGAGCGUGAUGGAGUGAUCUGUGUCGACCACCUCACACACUUGUGA